CUUCAAAGUCCAACCAAACCAUGAACUCCAUCAACCAUUCCCUCAUCUUCAUCUUCAUCUCCAUCUCCACCUUCAUCUUCUCCGGCGAGCUCAUCACCAUCUCCGGCAAGCCCACCACUACCACCACCACCACCACAGACUUCAUCCGCACAUCAUGCAACGUCACACUCUACCCAUCACUCUGCAUCAACUCCCUCUCAUCCUACUCAGCCACUGUGCGCCAUGACCCACGUCAACUCGCCCACGCCGCCAUCUCCGUCAGCGCCGACCGUGCCAGCGCUGCCUCAGCCUUUGUCUCCCGUCUCUCCGCCAACUCCUCCAAGUCACUGAGCUCCCGUGACGCCGGCGCCGUCAAAGACUGUGUGGAGACAAUGAAGGACAGUGUAGAUAAGUUAAGGAACUCAGUGAAGGAGAUGGAAAAGAUAUUGGGAAAAGUUGGGAAGAGAGAGUUUGCAUGGUGUGUUAGCAACGUUCAGACGUGGGUGAGUGCAGCGUUGACUGAUGAGAGUACGUGCAUGGAUGGAUUGAAGAGCAUGAAUAAUAAGAAUAAUGGAGCUGUGCUUGUUAGGGUUGGGAUUAAUAAGAAGGUGGUGGAGGUGGUGCAUACUACUAGUAAUGCUCUUGCUCUUGUUAAUCAUAUGGGUUCUCCUACUUAUUAAUAAUCUAGUGAUCAUUAUGCUUAAUAUAUUAUUAGUUCAUGCAUGCAUGCAUGGAUGGAUGUACUUUUGUCUUUCUCUUUGGUCUUGUGUGUUUGUUGGAGUACUUGCAAAUGUUUGCUAAUUGAGUUCAUCAGUUGAUAAAUGUUUUGAUAUA